AUGACCGCGCAAGCUGCCAAUGAACAUUCAAAUAAGAAUUGGCGAGCAAAGAGCAUGAACAACAUCAAUAUUGAGAACAUGCCUACAUUGGACUUGUCCCUUCGUCUGCGUGGUGGUGGUAAAGUUCACGGUUCACUUGCACGUGCUGGCAAGGUAAAAGGACAGACUCCUAAGGUUCCUAAGCAGGAGGAUUCGAAGAAAUCAUUGACGGGCCGUGCGAAGAAACGCUGGCAGUACAAUCGCCGCUUUGUGAACGUUGUGGCAGGUAUGGGUGGCAAGAAGUUGGGUCCUAACUCGAACGCCGUGAAGCAAUAA